GUGUGGUUUUGUGUGUGUGUGUGUGUGUUUUGACUCCCCCUCUUGACUUCUUCCUCUGUGGAAUAAACCAGUUCCUUUUUAAGUGAAACUCCAUUUUGUGGAAUAAGGAAGCAAAUCAUUGGCAGGAGAAAAACACAGUUUACAGGUGUAGUCAGUAGGAGGAGACAUGACCUCCAAAAUGAGUGAAUCUGUGAAACAGGACUUAAAGAAAAAUGAGAGUCUGAUUCAGGGUGAGAGAUCAGACUCACCUGAACCCAGCUGUGUGUCCAUGAAGAGUGACACGUCAAUGGAUAAACCAAUAGCCUUUAAAGACACAGACUGUGCUACUGAUCUGAGACCGCAGAAGAAUAAAUCAAAAAUCACUGAGAAGAGUCAUUUGGAGGCCAUAUUCAAGGAUCUGGAGCACAAAGUCAUCACUCUGUUAAAGAAUGAGCUGAAGAGAUUUAAGAAGCUCCUGAGUCCAGAUUACCCAGCAUGCUCUGAGAGGGAGGUGGAGGAUGAGGAGGAUCAGAGCAGUGUCAGAGAGGGAGCGCUGAAGAUCACACUGCACGUCCUGAAGAAAAUGAACCACACAGAUCUCGCUAACACACUGCAGAACAAACACAUCUCUGUGUACCAGCAAAAACUCAAAUCCAAACUGAGAGAGAAAUGUAAAAGAAUUAAUGAAGGAAUCUCGCAGCAUCGAAGCUCAGCACUUCUGGAUGAGAUCUACACAGAUCUUUACAUCACAGAGGGCUGGAGUGGAGACGUCAAUAAUGAACAUGAGGUGAGACAGAUUGAGACUGCGUCCGUGAGACCAGCAACACAGGAGACACCCAUCAAAUGUAAUGAGCUCUUUAAAGACAAGUCCAUCAGAAGUGUGCUAACUAAAGGAGUUGCUGGAAUUGGGAAAACAGUCUCUGUGCAGAAGUUCCUUCUGGACUGGGCUGAAGGAAAAGCAAAUCAGGAUGUCAACUACAUGUUUCCACUUCCGUGUAGGGAGCUGAAUUUGAUGAAGCAGAAAAAUCUCAGUCUGAUGAAUCUUCUUCAUCACUUUUUCCCAGAAAUAAAAGAAUUACAAUUAAUAGACUGUAAUGUUCACAAAGUGAUAUUCAUCUUUGAUGGUCUGGAUGAGUGUCGACUUCCUCUAAAUUUCCAGAACAGUGAGAGGUUGUGUGAUGUGGCAGAGUCAGCUUCAGUGGAUGUGCUGCUGACAAACCUCAUCAAGGGGAAUCUGCUUCCCUCUGCUCUCCUCUGGAUAACCUCUCGACCAGGAGCAGCCAGUCAGAUCCCUCCUGAGUGUGUAGACCAGGUAACAGAGGUACGAGGGUUCAGUGAUCCUCAGAAAGAGGAGUACUUCAGGAAGAAGAUCAGUGAUCAGAGCCUGGCCAAUAAAAUCAUCACACACAUGAAGUUUUCAAGAAGCCUCUACAUCAUGUGCCACAUCCCAGUCUUCUGCUGGAUCUCAGCCACUGUUCUAGAGAGAAUGUUGGGUGAAGCAGAGAGUGGAGAGAUCCCCAAGACUCUGACUCAAAUGUUCACACACUUCCUGAUCUUUCAGAUCAAACACAAGGACCAAAAGUACCAUCAGAAAUGUGACCCUGAUCCUCAGCAGACCACAGAGAGUAUCCUGGCACUGGGAAAACUGGCUUUCCAACAGCUGGAGAAAGGAAACCUGAUCUUCUAUGAGGAAGACCUGAGGGAGUGUGGCAUUGAUGUCAAAGAAGUGUCAAUGUACUCAGGAGUGUGUACCCAAAUCUUCAGAGAGGAGUUUGGGCUUCACCUGGGGAAGGUGUUCAGCUUUGUUCAUCUGAGUGUUCAGGAGUUUCUGGCUGCUUUACAUGAGUUUCUCUCUUUCAUUAACAAAAAGAAUGCAACACAUCAAACCUGGUUUGGUCUUUUAUCCAAAUCAAACGUGUCUGAUUUCCUGAGAAGUGCAGUGGACAAGGCCUUACAGAGUAAGAAUGGACACCUGGACCUGUUCCUCCGCUUCCUUCUGGGUCUCUCACUGGAGUCCAAUCAGACUCUCUUACGAGACCUAAUGCCCCAGACAGGAAGCAGCUCUCACAGUGAAGAGAAAACAGUCGAGUACAUCAAGAAGAAGAUCAGGGAGAAUCCAUCUCCAGAGAAAUCCAUCAAUCUGUUCCACUGUCUGAAUGAACUGAAUGAUCAUUCUCUAGUGCAGGAAGUACAGCAUUACCUGAACAGAGGAGAUGACAAUCAUCUCAGUGGAGUCAGUCUCUCUCCUGCUCAGUGGUCAGCUCUGGCGUUUGUGUUGUUGAACUCAGACAAGAAUCUGGAUGCGUUUGAUUUAAGGAAAUAUGAUAGAUCAGAGGAAUGUCUUCUGAGGCUGCUGCCAGUGGUCAAAGCAUCCAGAAAAGCUGUGUAA